AUGGAGAUGGAGCACUUCUCGCCAGCAAGCCAGCAGUCGAAUCCCACGACUCCCGCGACCACAGUCAACAACAACCCCCAGCACUCGCCAGCCUCUCCGACCACCUCUACAGCGCCAGACUUCCCCGCCCUCAGCCGCCACGGCGCAACGUCUAUACCCCCCGAUCAACCUGUCGCCAUGACGGCGUCGGGCCAGCCUGCCCUGAAUCCGCGCAGUUGCGUCACCUGCCGAAGGCGAAAGGUCCGCUGCGACAAGCAGAUGCCGUGUAGCAACUGCCGCCGCGCCGUCAUCCAAUGCAUCUUCCCCGCCCCCGGCCGCGCCCCCCGCCGACCACGCCCAAAGGACCCCAACGCCCCGCCAAAGAACUCGACCGAGCGCGAAGUGGAGCUGAUGAAGCGGUUGCGCAAGCUAGAGGGCAUCGUCGAGGAGCUCAGCGGCCAGAUCGAGGUGGAAAGCGGUCCCGGAAGCAGCGGCGGGCGCCAGAACUCGAGCACCGGCAACUCCCCCGAAACCACAGGCCACGAAGCGCCUUCAGAGCGGGGAAAUAGGACAUUCACGGCUGCGCAACUCAAUGCGAUAAAGGAAGGGAUUGCGGACGGGGCUGCUAUGCAGAAGAAGUUGGACGCAAUCGAAGAGAAGACGAGGGGGAUGGAGCCCAAGGCCGCGAGCGUCAGCAAGUCAUUUGGCCGCUUGGUGUUGCACGACAAGGGAAAGACGAGCCGAUACGUGAGCAGCGCGUUUUGGUCCAAGCUGAAUGAUGAGCUCGACGAACUUCGAGAACGGGCGCGCAUCCUCGACGAAGAGUUCAGCGACGAGUCUGACCAGGAAGACACACCGGAUCACUCGCCCCUGCAUGCCGUCGACGCUUCGUCCGAUCACCACGCAUUUAUACUGGGAUACCGAUCGUCGGAUGUUGACUUGCGCAAGCUGCAUCCACUGCCGUCGCAAAUACCCUUCAUGUGGCAGGUGUACCAGGAGAACGUGGAGCCAUUGCUCAAGAUUCUGCAUAUUCCGACAAUGGAGAGUCUCAUUCGCGACAUGCGACGCAACAUGGACGAUCUUACGGCCGGUCACGAGGCUUUGUUGUUUUCCAUCUACUAUGCCGCCAUUACGUCCAUGGAAGACGAGGAGGUCGAGAAGAACUUCGGCUCCAAGAAGGACGAGAUGCUAUCGCAGUACCGUUUCGCGCUCGAACAGGCCCUCGCAAAGGCAAAUUUCCUCAACACCUCGGAUAUCGUAGUGCUGCAAGCCUUCGUCCUGUUCCUCACCCUUGUACGCCGCCAAGACGACACGCGAUUCUGCUGGACACUCACCGGGCUUGCAAUCCGCAUGGCGCAAGGAAUGGGCAUCCACCGCGACGGAACAAACUUCAACCUCCCGCCUUUUGAAACAGAAAUGAGGCGCCGCCUGUGGUGGGCCAUCUGCACCCUCGACCUGCGUUCCGCCGAGGAACUGGGUAGCGAUCUUACCAUUAUCGACCGCUCCUUCGACACGGAGCUGCCGUCCAACCUUAAUGAUUCGGAUAUCGAUCCAGGAAUGAUUGACCCGCCAACCCCUCGCCAAGGCAGGACGGAUUGUGCGGUUUCACUUGUCCGUUACGAAAUUUGCGCCUUGUCGAGAAGGCUGCACACCGUCGGCUCCGCAAUGGCGGGUGUCUGUCCGCGCGAUGCGUCCUCUACUCUCGAACAGCGCGAGAGCAAGCUAAUCGAAGUUUACAACCGGGUCGAAGAGAAGUUCCUGCAACACUGCUUUACGGAUGACGACCCGCUGUUCUGGAUGGCGGCCAUGAUCGCCCGCGUGAUCAUGGCCAAGAUGAGCCUGGUCAUCUACCAACCCAUGCUAUUCCCCGGCAACGGGACCGAACUAUCAGGCGAGAUUCGCGACAGACUUUUCGUGUCAGCAAUCGAAAUUGUCGAGUAUAAUUAUAUCCUAAACACUGACCCCCGCUGCCGUCAAUGGCGGUGGCUUUUCCAGACGUAUAGACAGUGGCAUGCCAUUGCGUACAUCCUCAUGGAGGCUGGUCGACGCCCGUGGUCUGCCACCUCUGAGCGUGGCUGGGAGGCAGUCAACAAAACCAUUCGAUUUGACCAGGACCCUGGUGAAAUAGCAAAGAUGGCAGACCACAUGGCUGUGUGGAUGCCACUGCGAAAACUCAGCGCGAAGGCCACGAAGCAUCGCGAGGCAGAGAUUGCCCGUCUGCGAGCGAACCCCGAGGCCGCCCGCCAACUCGACGUCGACGACCGCAUGGACACGAUCCCGGCCAGACUGGGCCCGGUGCCCGGCAUGGAGAGCCAACAACAGGCGAUUCGCACACGAUGGAGGAAGCUCUGCGGGGUUCGGGCAGAUUUGCCCAUGACACAACCGCCACCCGCCGAACGGAGGAAUCCGAGUAAUGAGAGGUCCACGGUGGUUCCAUACCCUCAACCCAAACCUGCCGGAGAGCCGGUCAACAUGUUCCCCGGCCAGGUGGUUAUGCCCGACGAAGACUCGGAGCUUGAUACGGUCAUGAUGUCCCGAGCGGGCUUCACUUCCAGCGAGAUGUGGGAGUACAUCUACCCCACGGCGCAGUCCAUGGCCGCAGACCCGAACAACACACUGUUCCCGCCCAGCGCGAUUCAGCCGCCGGCAUCGCAGCCGCCCAUGGUCACGACGGCCGUUCCCACGCCGGCUAUUUCCAACAACACCCAAAUGACCGACGCCGAGCGGAGACAGAGGCAGCAGGCCAUCGCCGCCACGUCCCAGCCGCAGAUCGCGUCGUCCCUCAGCGACAACCAACCCCCGUGGCUGUGGUCCGACCCGUUCACGUCUAUCAACAACCGCUUCGACGACGUGCCGAUGGACACGAUGGAUGUCAACAUGGAUAACCUGGACGACUUCAACUGGCAGAACUGGCAGGAGAGUAUCAAGGGGUUCGAGAUGGACCCGGAGAAUAUGCCGGCCAAGGGGGCCUGGUAG